CCAGCCGCCUCCACCAUGCCGCCCAAGUUCCACCCCAACAAGAUCAAAGUUGUGUACCUGAGGUGCACCGGAGGUGAGGUCGGCGCCACAUCCGCCUUGGCCCCCAAGAUCGGCCCCCUGGUUCUGUCUUCGAAAAAAGUUGGUGAUGAUAUUGCCAAGGCAACCGGUGACUGGAAAGGCCUGAGGAUUACAGUGAAACUGACCAUCCAGAAGAGACAGGCCCAGAUUGAGGUGGUGCCCUCUGCCUCUGCCCUGAUCAUCAAAGCCCUCAAGGAACCACCAAGAGACAGGAAAAAGCAGAAGAACAUUAAACACAGCGGAAAUAUCACUUUCGAAGAGAUCGUCAACAUUGCCUGGCAGAUGCGACACAGGUCUUUAGCCAGAGAACUUUCUGGAACUAUUAAAGAGAUCCUGGGUACUGCACAGUCUGUGGGCUGCAAUGUGGGUGGGCGCCACCCUCAUGACAUCAUUGAUGACAUCAACAGUGGUGCUGUGGAAUGUCCAGCUAGCAAAGAAGCAGCAAGAGAAAAUAUUUCAAUAAAAGACCAUCUGAUAACCAGAAAAAAAAAAAUCUGUGAGAAUCCAGAGGUGCUUGGGGAGUCUUCUGGAGGAUACUACAGGUCUCUCGUUGCCAGUCUAUACUGUGCUAUCUGCUCGAAGCUACAGCUAACUGCCAGACAUCUAAAUGAAUUUUCUUCUUCCAUCAUGGCAGCUGAUUUUCCAAAUGACCACAGGGCCGGCUACCAUCACAUGUGGCCGAAUUUUCCAGUGAGCAAAAGCAUUAUCCCACUGCAGGUUGUGGACCCAGAUGUGACCUAUGGUUGCCAUUCAGGACUGGACAACAUCAUUACCCUGGGUGUCAUCACGGGCCACCUAGGUCUAUCUGCAUAUCCCCAGCUGCAGGCUGACAUUCUAAGACCAACAUGGCCUCAAGUGUCUGCUAGGAUGUCAAGCAUCUGCACAGCCUUCGGUGUUAACAAGAGUUAUGAAUAUUGA